AUGUUGAACCCUAACUUUGAAGAUGAGCCUGCCUUCAUUGAGUUUCCCUCUUCAAACUUGAGUCAGAUGAAAUCGAUACUUUCUGGACCUUCGGUUCCUUUGGAGUCUUCAAAGGCCUUGCAAGAAAACCAGAUCUUCGAAACAGACGUGGUAGCAGCCUCGAGCGAGUUAGAUUCUGCCAAGUCUCGUCGGGACGACCAAUGGGAUGUGGAUAAACACGGAUGUUGGUACUCCUUCAAGAGGUGGUUGAGAGGUGAGUUUAAUUGUCACAUAUUCAUCUUCCUCCUAUGUUAUGAUAAGUAUGAUUUUGUGUAA